AUGAAUGUGAAAAGACCUUCAGUCAAAGAGCAGAACUUAGACAACAUCACAGAAUUCACCCUGGAGAGAAACCUCAUGAAUGCAAUGAAUGUGGCAAGGCCUUCCGCCGCAGUUCACAGCUUACUGAGCAUCAGAGAAUUCAUACUGGAGAGAAACCUUAUGAAUGUCAGCAAUGUGGCAAAGCAUUCCGACAGAGAUCAAAACUUACACGACAUCAGAGAAUUCAUACUGGAGAGAAAACUCAUGUCUAUAAUUCAUACCGGAGAGAAACCUUUUGAAUGCAAGGAAUGUGGGAAGGCCUUUCGCCUGAGCACUGGGCUUAGUGAACAUCAGAGAAUUCAUACUGGAGAAAAACCCUUUGAAUGUAAUGAGUGUGGGAAGGCCUUCCGCUGGAGUGCAGGACUUAGUCGACAUCAGACAAUUCAUACCGGAGAGAAACCUUUUGAAUGUAAUGAAUGUGGAAAGGCCUUCCGCCUGAGCACAGCACUUACAGAACAUCAGAGAAUUCACACUGGAGAGAAACCUUUUGAAUGUAAUGAAUGUGGAAAGGCCUUCCGUUUGAGCAUAGGCCUUACUGAACAUCAGAGAAAUCAUACUGGAGAAAAACCAUAUGAAUGCAUGGACUGUGGGAAAGCCUUCAGCCAGAGUACACAGCUUAAUCGACAUCAGAGAAUUCAUACUGGAGAGAAACCAUAUGAAUGUAAUGAAUGUGGGAAGGCCUUUUGCCAAAGAGCAAACCUUACACAACAUCAGACAGUUCAUACUGGUGAGAAGCCUUAUGAAUGUAAUGAAUGUGGGAAGGCCUUUAGCCAAAGCACAGCACUUACUGGGCAUCUGAGAAUUCACACUGGAGAGAAACCUUAUGAAUGCAAUGAAUGUGGGAAGGCCUUCCGUCUAAGGACAGGACUUACUGAACAUCAGCGAAUUCAUACGGGACAGAAACCAUAUGAAUGUAAUGAAUGUGGAAAGGCUUUUCGCCUGAGCAAACAGCUUACUCAGCAUUACAGAAUUCACACUGGAGACAGGCUUUAUGAAGCUGAGAGUCGAUAUGCCUUUACCACUCUGUACGUCCAUGCCCCGAUUUGCCGGGAGCGGGGAUACGUCACCUCAGCGGGUAAGCCAGUGUCCCAUCUCCAGGACAUCCAGGAGCUCCUCGCAGCCGUCUGGGAACCCAGAGCGGUUGCUGUGGUUCAUACCCCAGGACACCAGUCAGACCCACCCCAGUAUUCCUCUGCCGACCUGGAAUGGGUCCGGGCUAAGUCAGGUCACUGGUCUGGCACCCUGUAUAAAGAUCCAGAUGGUAAUCUCUUUCUCCCACAAGCUAUGGGCCAGCUUCUCUCUACCCACCUGCAUCAUCUCACUCAUACGGGGGCCACUAAAAUGUGA